AUGACGGCAGUGACAAGUACCGCUUACACUCCUACGGCGACAGUGGCAAGUACCACUAACACUUUUACGACGACAGUGACAAGUUCCGCUUACAUUCCUACUACGGCAGUGACAAGUACCACUUACACUACUACGACGACAGUGACAAGUUCCGCUAACACCGCUACGGCGAAAGUGACAAGUACCGCUUACACUCCUACGACGGCAGUGACAAGUACCACUUACAUUCCUACGGCGACAGUGACAAGUACCGCUAACACUCCUACAACGGCAGUGACAAGUACCGCUAACAACCCUACGACGACAGUGACAAGUACCGCUAACACCGCUACGGCGACAUUCCGCUUACAUUCCUACUACGGCAGUGACAAGUACCUCUUACACUACUUCGACGACAUUGACAAGUACCACUUACACUCCUACGGCGACAGUGACAAGUACCACUUACACUCCUACGGCGACAGUGACAAGUAUCACUUACACUCCUACGACGACAGUGACAAGUACCGCUUCCACUCCUACGGGGACAGUGACAAGUACCGCUUACACUCCUACGGCGACAGUGGCAAGUACCACUUACACUCCUACGACGACAGUGACAAGUACCGCUUCCACUCCUACGGCGACAGUGACAAGUACCGCUUCCACUCCUACGGCAACAGUGACAAGUACCGCUUACACUCCUACGACGACAGUGACAAGUACCGCUUCCACUCCUACGACGACAGUGACAAGUACCUCUUCCACUCCUACGGCGACAUGACAAGUACGGCUUACAUUCCUACGGCGACAGUGACAAGUACCACUAACACUCCUACGACGGCAGUGACAAGUACCGCUUACAUUCCUACGGCGAAAGUGACAAGUACCACUAACACUCCUACGACGGCAGUGACAAGUACCGCUUACAUUCCUACAACGGCAGUGACAAGAACCACUAACACUCCUACGACGGCAGUGACAAGUACCACUUACAUUCCUACGGCGACAGUGACAAGUACAGCUAACACUCCUACGACGACAGUGACAAGUACCGCUUACAUUCCUACGGCGACAGUGACAAGUACCACUAACACUCCUACGGCGACAGUGACAAGUACCGCUUACAUUCUUAAUACGACGACAGUGACAAGUACCGCUAACACUCCUACGGCGACCGUGACAAGUACUGCUAACACUUCUACGACGGCAGUGAUAAGUACCGCUAACACUCUUAUGGCGACAGUGACAAGUACCGCUUAUAUUCCUACGGCGACAGUGACAGGUAUCGCUUACACUCGUACGACGGCAGUGACACGUACCGCUAACACUCCUACGACGGCAGGGACAAGUACCGCUUAUAUUCCUACGGCGACAGUGACAAGUACCGCUUACACUCCUACGACGGCAGUGACAAGUACCACCUCCACUCCUACGGCGACAGUGACAAGUACCGCUUACAUUCCUACUACGGCAGUGACAAGUACUACUUACACUUCUACGACGACAGUGACAAGUACCGCUAACACCGCUACGGCGAAAGUGACAAGUACCGCUUACACUCCUACGACGGCAGUGACAAGUACCACUUACAUUCCUACGGCGACAGUGACAAGUGCCGCUAACACCCCUACGGCGACAGUGACAAGUACCACUUACAUUCCUACUGCGACAGUGACAAGUACCACUAACACUCCUACGGCGACAGUGACAAGUACCGCUAACACCCCUACGGCUACAGUGACAAGUACCACUUACAUUCCUACGGCGACAUUGACAGGUACCACUUACAUUCCUACGACGGCAGUGACAAGUACCACUUACAUUCCUACGGCGACAGUGACAGGUACCACUUACAUUCCUAUGACGGCAGUGACAAGUACCGCUUACACCCCUACGGCGACAGUGGCAAGUACCACUAACACUUUUACGACGACAGUGACAAGUUCCGCUUACAUUCCUACUACGGCAGUGACAAGUACCACUUACACUACUACGACGACAGUGACAAGUUCCGCUAACACCGCUACGGCGAAAGUGACAAGUACCGCUUACACUCCUACGACGGCAGUGACAAGUACCACUUACAUUCCUACGGCGACAGUGACAAGUACCGCUAACACUCCUACAACGGCAGUGACAAGUACCGCUAACAACCCUACGACGACAGUGACAAGUACCGCUAACACCGCUACGGCGACAGUGACAAGUACCACUUACAUUCCUACGGCGACAGUGACAGGUACCACUUACAUUCCUACGACGGCAGUGACAAGUACCACUAACACUAGUACGACGGCAGUGACAAGUUCCGCUUACAUUCCUACUACGGCAGUGACAAGUACCACUUACACUACUACGACGACAGUGACAAGUACCGCUAACACCGCUACGGCGAAAGUGACAAGUACCGCUUUCAUUUCUACGACGGCAGUGAAAAAUACCGCUUACAUUCCUACGGCGACAGUGACAAGUACCACUAACACUUCUACGUCGGCAGUGACAAGUUCCGCUUACAUUCCUACUACGGCAGUGACAAGUACCUCUUACACUACUUCGACGACAUUGACAAGUACCGCUAACACCGCUACGGCGAAAGUGACAAGUACCGCUUACACCCCUACGGCGAAAGUGACAAGUACCGCUUACAUUCCUACGGCGACAGUGACAAGUACCACUUACACUCCUACGACGGCAGUGACAAGUUCCGCUUACACUUCUACGACGACAGAGACAAGUUCCGCUUACAUUCCUACUACGACAGUGACAAGUACCACUUACACUACUACGACGACAGUGACAAGUUCCGCUAACACCGCUACGGCGAAAGUGACAAGUACCUUUUACAAUCCUACGACGGCAGUGACAAGUACCACUUACAUUCCUACGGCGACAGUGACAAGUACCGCUAACAGUCCUACGACGGCAGUGACAAGUACCGCUAACAACCCUACGACGACAGUGACAAAUACCGCUAACACCCCUACGGCGACAGUGACAAGUACCACUUACACCCCUACGGCGAAAGUGACAAGUACCGCUUACAUUCCUACGGCGACAGUGACAAGUACCACUUACACUCCUACGACGGCAGUGACAAGUUCCGCUUACAUUCCUACUACGGCAGUGACAAGUACCACUUACACUACUACGACGACAGUGAUAAGUACCGCUAACACCGCUACGGCAAAAGUGACAAGUACCACUUACACUACUACGACGACAGUGACAAGUACCACUUACACUCCUACGACGGCAGUGACAAGUACCACUAACACUCCUACGACGGCAGUGACAAGUACCGCUUACACCCCUACGACGGCAGUGACAAGUACCACUUACACUACUACGACGACAGUGACAAGUACCACUAACACUCUUACGACGACAGUGACAAGUACCGCUUACACCCCUACGACGGCAGUGACAAGUACCACUAACACUUCUACGAGGACAGUGACAAGUUCCGCUUACAUUCCUACUACGACAGUGACAAGUACCACUAACACUCCUACGAGGGCAGUGACAAGUACCGCUUACACCCCUACGACGGCAGUGACAAGUACCACUAACACUUCUACGACGACAGUGACAAGUUCCGCUUACAUUCCUACUACGGCAGUGACAAGUACCGCUAACACUCCUACGAGGGCAGUGACAAGUACCACUUACACUCCUACGAGGGCAAUGACAAGUACCACUAACACUCCUACGAGGGCAGUGACAAGUACCACUUACACUACUACGACGACAGUGACAAGUACCGCUAACACCGCUACGGCGAAAGUGACAAGUACCACUUACACUACUACGACAACAGUGACAAGUACCGCUUACAUUCCUACGGCGACAGUGACAAGUACCGCUUACAUUCCUACGGCGACAGUGACAAGUACCACUAACAUUUCUACUGACAAGUACCGCUUACAUUCCUACGGCGACAGUGACAAGUACCACUUACACUCCUACGACGGCAGUGACAAGUUCCGCUUACACUUCUACGACGACAGAGACAAGUUCGCCUUACAUUCCUACUAUGGCAGUGACAAGUACCACUUACACUACUACGACGACAGUGACAGUGACAAGUACCACUUACACCCCUACGGCGAAAGUGACAAGUACCGCUUACAUUCCUACGGCGACAGUGACAAGUACCACUUACACUCCUACGACGGCAGUGACAAGUUCCGCUUACAUUCCUACUACGGCAGUGACAAGUACCACUUACACUACUACGACGACAGUGAUAAUGACAAGUUCCGCUUAUAUUCCUACUACGGCAGUGACAAGUACCACUUACAUUCCUACGACGACAGUGACAAGUACCACUUACACUUCUACGACGACAGUGACAAGUUCCGGUUACUUUCCUACGGCGACAGUGACAAGUACCACUUACACUACUACGACGACAUUGACAACUACCGCUAA